GCGAGCGCCGCCUCAAAGCAGUUGAUGCCUGCGCGUCGCGAGGAAGACACCGCUAGCAGACGCCUGAGUAGUGCUAACAAGUGAAGUGAUCGAAAUAUUACGAGUGAUUCUAUACAGUUUUGAACCUCCGGUGAUUUUAUUAAAGGGGUGACUCUACGAAUGAUAGAGUAACUACGCGUUAAUAAAAUCAACAUGAGGUUUUUGGCGAGGUUACAGUUGCUGACGUGCCUGAUGGUAUGCGCACCAUGCGCAAACGCGAUCAUGGUGAAGUUUGGGACCAAUGACGGUCCAAUCGUGCCACCUACGCCGGAGCCGACGCUGCCGACGCCGCAGCCGUACCGUGCCCCGGCGCCUGUAUGGGAAGAAAAGUCCAAUGACACGCCCGACCCUAACGCACACUGGAGACCUCAGCUAUUCAUACCUCAGCCAAGAUACACUCAAAUCAUCUACAACUCGCCGCCACCCACUCCUGUGCCUCUCAACAAUGCGCAACGAUUCGUCCAGUCCUACAUUCCGAGUCAAGACCCAAGACCGGUAAAAGCUGAACCAGUGAAGAACUACUUCACCCCAUCCCAGAUACUCAGCUCUCAGAGUCUACCCGGUUUUGGGAUCAGAUACUUCGUGCCGACGUACAUUACGGACCAGAAGAACCGGUUCAAGGCAGAAGAUGCGAAACAGAACGAGAUAGCGACCAACGAAGUGAACACUGGUAACGAAGACUCCAGCAGCGAUCUUCAGUGGAAGUAUGAAAAGGAUCAGGCGAAGAGGACUGUCAGACAUACGCAAGAAAGCGUCGUACUUCCAGUAGUUUACCAGUGGCCGGCGUACUACCCUUCCCGGCAUCUGUAGUUUUAGUCUAGUUUGUAAUUUAAGUCUAGCCAGAAUUGAAAAUUUUGAAAUGCAACAGGAAUCUGAAUUAUUUGAACUUAAUUUCGGGGGUCAAUAAUGUAGCUGACAAAGUAAGAGAACAAUAUUUUCUCGAGUUUCAAACCCUGUGGUUUUUAAUUCUGGCGGGAGCCAUACUGUAUAAAUAAACAUCGCAGAUCAAACAACUUAAGGUAGCUAAGUAUUUAAACUAAUCGCUGUGAUGUCAUUAGUUAGUUAUAUUGUAAGAUAAAAGUGCCAGAAGAAAUAUUUUAUAUCUA